AUGAUUCUCAUAUCCACCUUGAUAGUGGUGGUCAGCUCGCUGCCCGGUAGGGGUGCCGAUGAGAUCGGGAACCAGGAACAGUCCGUCGACCGUCUUGUGUUCGCGCACUUUAUGAUUGGAAUCACGAGUGAUAGAAGCAGUGCUUUUGACUACGAUGAUGAUAUGAAGCGAGCCAGCUCGCUCGGAAUCGAUGCAUUUGCCUUGAAUAUUGGCGUCGAUCCCUACACUGAUCAACAGUUACAACUCGCGUACGCGUCUGCCGCUCGGAAUUCUAUAAAAGUAUUUCUGUCCUUUGACUUCAAUUGGUGGCACACGUCGCAAGUGAAUGAGAUUGGUCAAAAGAUAACUCAAUACGCCAGCUUACCAGCUCAAUUGAUGGUAGACAACAAGAUUUUUGUCUCCACAUUUUCCGGAGAUGACUUGGAUGUUGCUGCUCUUCGAGCUUCAGUUGGCAAGCCAAUAUUCUUCGCACCCAAUUUCCACCCAUCAUACGGGACAAACGUAUCUGCCGUGGACGGUCUUCUGAACUGGAUGGCAUGGCCGAACAAUGGCCAGAAUAAAGCUCCUACUUCCAGUCACAAUAUAUCUGUCGCAGAUGGCGACCGGGAAUAUGUCAAUGCACUGGGUGGAAAAGCAUAUGUUGCACCCGCAUCGCCUUGGUUCUUCACUCAUUUUGGUCCCGAAGUAUCUUAUAGCAAGAAUUGGGCUUUUCCAUCUGACCUCUUAUGGUAUGAUCGAUGGAAUGAAAUUCUGACUCUAGGACCUCGCUUCGUUGAAAUCGUGACGUGGAAUGACUAUGGCGAAUCUCACUACAUCGGGCCUCUUCAGUCUCAGCACACCGACGACGGUGCCUCUAAAUGGGUUAAUGACAUGCCCCAUGAUGGAUGGCUUGAUAUUUCCAAGCCUUUUAUUGCUGCGUUCAAAGACGGUGCGUCUUCGGUAAACAGCUAUAUCAGAUCUGAUGAGCUCAUCUAUUGGUAUCGCCCGGCUCCACGAAAUGUCAAUUGUGACUCGACGGACACUUGUAUGGUUCCAGCAAACAAUGCCAGUGGGAACUAUUUUCUUGGUCGACCCAACGGCUGGGACUCUAUGGAAGAUUCGGUCUUUGUGGUCUCUUUGAUGACAGCUCCCGCUUCUAUUCACGUCAACAGUGGAGGUACAGUUUACACUUACGAUGCUCCAAGUGGAGCCUCCGCACAAGCUGUCCCUAUGAAUGUCGGUGUCCAAAGCUUCUCCGUCACUCGCAAUGGGGCAAAUAUCCUAUCAGGAACAAGUUUGAAGCCUAUCAUUGAUGGAUGCGUGUGCGGCCUAUACAACUUCAACGCAUACGUUGGGACCUUACCCGCCGGAUUUAGCGAUCCCCUUCGUCCCGAUGGCCUUGCAGCAUUCCGCCAGGGCCUGCAUGUGGAGACUUGCGAAGCAUCACCAUCGCUGGGCACGGUGCCUCCUACCGCAAGUAUCACCUCAACUACGACGCUUUCUACCUCCACCAUAUCUACCACGUCUGCCACGACGAGCACAAUCACUACCUCGACCCCUCCUACCACCUCUACCACCACUUCCUCAGGUAUUCCGCAAACAACCUCUUGCCAAGGCUACACUUCUACAACAACGCGCACAUUCACUGCCACAAUCAUCCAAACGACGACGCAGACUCAGACCGUAACGCUUUCGGCCACAAGCUCUACAGCGAGAGGUAGUGGAAAAGACGUCUGUACGGGUGGAACAGGGCCGGGAAACUACAUUGGGCUAUGCGUCUUCUGCUGUCAAUUUGGAUAUUGUCCCCCAGGGCCUUGUACCUGUAAUCGGCACGGUCCAGCUGUCCCACCUCCGCCAUCUACGGGAGUUCGCGGGGUUCCUCUUCCUGGAGAAGGUAACUCGUAUUUAGGACUAUGUAGCUUUGCUUGUGACCAUGGAUACUGCCCUCCGACAGCCUGUACCACUGCAUGA